CCGCGACCCACCGACACUCCGCAGCAUGGCGGGACCUCGUACUAACCUAGCUGUAACGAAGGACGGCGAGAUAUAUAACAAGUUGCAACGACCGAACGAUUUCCUCGAUCAACCAGCAGGUCCAGAGCAGACAGUCGAGCGCAAGCGCGAGCGAGGAGCUUUGGACACGCCUGUGGCAGGGCCGUUCUCAGGCAACAAGCGCGCGAAAACGCAGCAUGUAGGAUUGACGGUGAAAUCGUUCCAGUCGUCAGACGACAGGAACCAAUAUCGGGGCGGUGGCCCGAUUGCAGAAUGUGGCAUGCGCACAACUUUGCCAAUCGACGAAGAAGAUGCACUGUACUCCGAUGAUUCUAUGGGAGAUGCAUUGGCAUAUCUCCGUGGCGUAAGGUCAGAAGCAUCCGCGAUCCCGCAUCUACUAGUCGCCGCGAACGAACUUGAUGAGGAGACGAACACCGAACACUCGCAAGCACCGACAGCUUUCACUGGUCAUCGUACCUUCUACCGGGACGGCGCGUGGAUUACGGUCGAAGAAGGCUACGAUGCCGCGUACGGUGACGACUAUGCAUCUCACGAUCCGGAUCCAAAGGAUAUAUACUAUAAGCAGCUCGUGAGGCGCUUUAAGACUCUUCGCCAUACCCUGAGUCAACACGGGGCUGGUAAAACACCCCAGCAAGAUGCUGACUCGAAUCGAUCCUCGUAUGUUAAACCGCCGUCGAAUCGACAUGAGUGGCUCUAUACAAUCGACCGAGAGUAUCCAAUACAGAGCCAGAUACGUCAAUUGGAUGAAGUGAACGUCAGACAAGGUCUCCAAUAUUGUGCUCAUGCAAUGGAUCGAUUCGAGACGAUCUCUAGUCAGAAGAGUUGCUGGAUCUGGACUUUGCUGGCACUAUCUGGUGAUGUUGGGACGCUGGACUCUCAAAAGAUGAGUCAUAUCAGAGACAUCGGGACCAAAGCUGGCGAGAUGAGUGUCGGUCUGCGCUCGAGUUUCGCACGUCAGACGAAGGAGUCUCGGUGCGGACCCCUCAAUACAGACCCAGCAUGCGUAGAGCAGAGUGACGAACCCGAAGCAGCCUGCUGCGAUGCCGGUGUAGAUGAUUGCAAUUCGGAAGCGGGGUACGUACAAUCUUGUGUCAGUGAAGACCUACACUCAGAGGCGCAUAAGAAGCACAACGAGGAUGUGUCAAAAACUCAGCGCGACCUUCUCUCUUGUAUCUCCAGCUCAGGCACUUCAGAGGUCUUGAUCGAUAGCAAGGAGGGCACUAACACUGACACGAACGAUGACACUCUCGAGCGUGCGCGUGCGCGUUUGCUUGCACAGCUUGGCGACAACUUGGUGCAAGCCGGCAUACCAGCACCAACUCCUUAUACAGGUGACACUCAUCCACAUCAUUCCGCACGGCCUGAUCCAGGUUUGGAUGAGUUACAGCACGAAACGAAGAUCCGCGUAAUACCAUCCCGGGCGGAAGCUGAGAGGCAGCGACAAUUGAUGCGUGCGACGAACUCAGCUACCGCAAGCUUGAAGGAAGAACAGCUUACGGGCACGGGACUAUCUUCUGCCUCGCAUUCUGUUGGAUCAGACAACAACCUAGAUGACUCCGACUUGAACACACGGGCAACGAUUGACAUGAUCCUGACAGUGGUUGCGGAGUGCUACGGGCAGAGAGACCUGCUUAGAUUCCGAAAGCCGUGGUAGGUAUCUACGGAUGACUGUCUCUUGGCCUUCCCUCCGUAGAAAUUUCUUGACGAGUAUCAGCAUUCUACAUACCUUACUGAGUCAAUAAACGUAAUCCCAGCGCGCAAUGCAGUCAC